AUGGCCCAGUAUUUCAAGAAGGUGCUCGGGGACACACUCCUCACCAAGCCUGUGGACAUUGCGGCCGACGGGCUCCCCUCCCCAAACCAGCUCAAGAGGAAGAUCCUUAUCAAGCACAAGAAGUUGGCUGAGGGCAGUGCCUACGAGGAGGUGCCUACAUCGGUGAUGUACUCUGAGAACGACAUCAGCAACUCCAUCAAGAACGGCAUCCUCUACCUGGAAGACCCAGUGAACCAUGAGUGGUACCCCCAUACUUCGUCUUGA